GUUGAUUAUAUUGACUCCUACAGUGACACCUUCACAGAGUGAGCAUUGCAAAACAUAUAAUGUACCGGUAUUACAUCUACUGUAGUGAGGAGUGAGAGAAAGAAAUAGAGGCAAGUGUGUUUUCCAGGCUGUCGCACCCAAGAUGUUACAAAAAUGGAAGUUUGAUUUAGUGUAAUAUACAUGUACAUGUAUAUCAAGCCAUGCGGACAUUCAAGUUGGCUAAUGGCAUGCAUUAUGUGCUUGAUGGAUGAUAAUUCUCAUGUUUACACACCAAUGAGAGGAACCUUGUUAGUGAACAUGUUUUGUGGAUUCUCUGUGGUAUGUGGAGUAUAACUAUCACCUGCAAGCUUAUGGACUAUUUAGCUGAUUUACACUGUGGUGGAACUGAACUUGGGAACCUUUUUUUGCAAAGGAGAUUCUGUUUGGUUUCUAAAUAGGACAUUGUUGUAGGGUAAAUAUUGUUUGAAGGUGACCUGAACUUGACUUUAAUAACAGCAUUCCACAAUAUGGUAGAAUGACCCAGACUUCUUUAGCUGCAUGGGAAGAUCUUCUAAACAUCAUAAGAGACAUCUUCAAGAUCAAGUUGUCUUGAUCUUGGUCGGAUACCAAGAGGGUUCUUACAUGUAUGGCACCCUGGAGUAGGCCUAGCUAUCAUAGCUUGUUCAAGAAGAUUUUUUAUAUCAAUUAUAUAGAGUCAUAGAAAUGCUAUAGACCCCUGGGAAUUCAAUGACUAAAUACAUUUCCUUAGUAAAUCUUUCCGACAGAAUUACUCCAUAUCAAUAUCAUAAUCCCUUUUAUGCUGGUACGUGGAGUAGAAUUGGUCAAUAUUUAAGUGGUGCUUCACACACUGUCUUUAAAACCCUAGCGACUGUACUGACCAGGGUGCACUGAUCACAACACACCUGUCUUCAACACAGUCUGAUUGCAUUACCAUCUCUCUCUACAGCUUCCUUGAAUAAUUUUAAUCAAUUACUGCACUCCGCAUAGUGCAUGCAAUACAUCUAUGGGAUACAACACAUGCAUGAUCAGCAUCUCUGAAGCCGAGUGAGACAUUGUGUAGGCAUGCUGUGGACACCACAAACCAAAAUUUUGUGAUAUCGCAACAUUAUUUGACCCUUUUUAAGGGAAUUUUGGACAUCUUCUAGCGGUAUAUUCUGUUUAAAAAAUCGAUCAGCAUCUCUGAGACAUUGUGUAGGCAUAACUGUGGACACCACAAAGAAAAUCUAUGAUACCACAACAUUAUUUGAUCCUCUAAGGGAAUUUUGGACAUCUUGUAGCGGCAUUUCUCUUUAAAAAAUCGAAGAAAUCACCCUGCUCCAAGAUUGUUAAUUUGUUUGCAUCAUCAGUCAUCAACAAAGGAGUGGGGAAGGAAGAAAAGAGAUACACAGCAUUGAUGGUCUUACAUGUUUAUCGGUAAAUUCAGUGUUUGUAAUAUUUGAAGGAAUCUUUGAGCACAAACCAAUAAUGGCAAGUGGAGAUCUAGGAAUCCCAUCAUCUUCUUCCCUUAACCCGGAAGGUUUGGAAAUACGCAUAGCACCUCCAAAACAAGAUAAACAUGCCCUCAUCAAUCCAAAGGAGAGAGCACCAUUGAAAGAAAAUGUAAUUGUCCAACAGGAGUUGAUAUGUGGUUAUGAUGGCCUGCGAUUCAUCAUCGUCACAUCCCUGGUGUUUGCUUUGGCUGUGACUAUUGGCAUGGUCAUAUCUAUCAUUGCUGGAAUUAGACAGGUUGACCCGCAUGGUGCAAUAGCCACUGAUGUUGAAGUGUGUUCAGACAUCGGAGCAGACGUGCUGAAGCGUGGAGGGCAUGCAGUUGAUGCAGCGGUUGCAGCAGCGUUUUGUCUUGGAGUAGUACAUGGUCAUUACUCAGGAUUAGGAGGUGGUGGUUUUCUGCUGGUAGGUAACCCUAUUACCAACGAACUAAAUGGGUUUGAUUUCAGGGAGACAGCACCUUCUAGUAGCAGUGGUAACAUGUUUGAAAACAAUCCACAAGCAGCUCUUCAGGGAGGCUUAGCUGUUGCUACACCUGGUGAGCUGAAAGGAUUAGAAGCAGCAUGGAAACAAUAUGGAAAGUUGAAAUGGUCAGAGUUGGUAGAGCCAUCAAUUCAACUGGCUGAAAAUGGAUUUCAAAUCACUCAACAGCUGGCUGCUGACAUCAGCGAGGCAGAUUUCUCUUGGAUGUCGGAGUCAUUACGUGAGCUCUUUGAAAAGAAGAAAUUCAAUGAUACCAUCCAGAGACCUUCUCUUGCCAAUCUCUUGAGGUUAAUCGCUAAACAAGGAUCAGAUGUACUAUACAACAACGAUACCAUUGCACAACAGAUCAUAGAUACGGUUGGAGGUGCGGGAGGCAUCCUCAGUCUUGAAGACAUACACACGUACACCAGCCAGCCAGCCACGCCCAUCCAGUCUUCCUACAAACUCCAUCGUAUCUUCAGCAUGCCAUCCCCCAGCUCAGGGGCAUCCAUCCUCUCUUCCCUACAUACCAUGUCUGCUCUCAACCUAUCCAUCUCGAGCGACACGCCCGCAUCGAGCUACCAUCAAGUCAUCGAAAUAUCCAAAUUCAUCGCCGCCAUGGCACGCCAACUUGGUGACCCUCGGCAGACUCCCGACAGUGCAAACUUGACGGAUUCUAUGCUGAGUGACAAUACCACAGAGCGAAUCCGAAACAUGGUGAACGAUACCGCAACUUACGAUUACACAUAUUACUUUCAAGGGGACGUCUUCCAACAGCUGUAUGCAACUCAAGCCACAUCUUUAGUGUCUGUUGCUGAUGGGAAUAACAACCUUGUGUCACUUACAAGUACUCUCAACUCUCCGUUUGGUUCUGGUUUGAUGACACCUGAUGGGAUUAUUCUAAACAAUGCAAUGAACAGCUUCAAUUGGGAUGGGAAAUACUUGACACCAAAUACAGUCGUUCCUCAGGCUAACGCAAUAUCACCAGGUCGACGUCCAAUGUCCAACAUGGCUCCAUUGCUCACAUGGAGUGAAGAGAGUCCUUGCCUCGCUCGGUAUGCCAUCACUGGAAUAGGACCAACAUCCAUUCAGUCAGCACCAGUAGAUGUAGCUCUAAAGCUCUUAUCAUUAAACGCGUCGCUCUCGAACGAUGUUGAACGUGACAACAGGAUAUUUCCCUCACUUUACCAAAACCUAGUGAAUGUUGAAGAUGGUCUAAGUCCUUCGAUACAGGAAGGUUUAGAAGAGCUAGGACAUGUAGUGCAAUCAAGAAGAUAUCGCCUAGGUGUUGUCAAUGUUGCUUCUGAAGCCAAAGAUAAACUCACAGCUCACUCUGAUACCAGAAGAUUAGGUGCCAAAGCAUCAGAUUUUUAGCUUAGAUAAGUUAAUUAUUUUUUAAUUCAUCCAUACAUGUAGAGGUACACAGGUUUUGUCUUCUUUUGCUACUCAAAGUGGCAAAAAUUGUUGAUUUUUUGUCCAUUGUCAUAAUUUGAAAAAAUACAUUGUUUGAACAACAUUGAAAAUAACUAGUCAUAUGUAGAAUUAAAAAAUGUCAAUUGGAUUACAUUUUGAAAGUGUUUUCAUUGCAUAAAAAUGUGUAAUGAUUAGCUUAUUGAAGAUAAAUGUUUUUAGAUGGGGGUUACUCCAAUUAAAAAGGGUUCUGUUCUGUUUUAUUUUUUAGUUUAAUCAUAUUCCUUGUGUAAUUGACAGCAUUAACAAAAAUUAGACAUAAGGAAGCAUUCUGCUGGAGGUUCAGGUCACAUGACCAAGGUCUAUGGUCAUUUAGGGUCAAUGGACUUAGACCAUGUUUGUGAAACCAAAGAGCAAUCUAUUAGCCAUCAGGCUAUGAGUAGUUUCAGAGGGCUGACUGUUUUAUAAAACCCAAAAAUAUAUGACUGGGUGAAACAAGCAAGCUAAACAAUAUUUCUUUACUAAGUAAUGAUUUUUUUUUCAUGAAAUUUGCAUGUAUAUAGUGAAAUCACCCAUUCAGACAUUCAAGGUUAAUUUAAAAAAAAAAUAAUGAUUGCAAUUACUUGUUGCCCUUUUUUAUGGGGGGGGGGGGGUUCUUCAAAGAAUCUUUGUGGAAUUCUUGACCCCUUCAAUAUACCACUUUAGAUUAUUUAACAAUUUACAUGUAUUAUGAUGCAAUAAAAGUGAUAUAGCAGUGAAAAUGCAGCAAGUGUACACAAAAUGAAUUACCUCGUGUGCUUUCAUUUUAUCCAGGUAUUUGAAUUAUGUUUUUAAUACUGGGUCCUUAUUGUAUUCAAUUAGUAAUUUUCUCUAUGCCAUAAUUCUGAGGUAUUUGAAACAUCAGAAUGAUGCAUAAUUUGGGGUAAAAGAUCUCUCAGUAUGCAUCACUAAAAAAAUACUGCACAAAUUCAUGUUUUUACUGCAUUGAAUAUACUUACUGAAAUCUUCAUGGUAUUUUUAUUUUACAGAAACUGUCACAUUUAUUAUUUAUGUGCAAUUGUUUAGAAUUAUUUUAGAUAUUGGGUAGCUAUCAUUUUUAUGUGAAUAAAGGUAAAUUAAGAUUGCACUUAUAUAAGAUACAAGAUAUUUUAUUUUGUCUUUGCAAUAUGACAAUUACAAAGAAAGUUGUUCUAUUUUCUUUGUUAUUCUAUGCAUUUAUAUUGCAGUUUAAAAUCUGUGUGUGAUGGAAUGAAAGAAAGGCAUCUGCGACCCUAAAAUGCAAACUUGAUGGUAGGCCUGAUUAAAAUUGAUCAUUAAUUAAGUCUAAUGGAAACUAGUUUAACGCGUAAUGGGCACGCUCAAAGCAGUCUUGGAAGCAAUCGUGAGUGGUCUUCCAAACCUGUUUGGAAAACCACCUUGCGAUGUGGUUUUUCUAGACCGCUUUGCCUCCU